CCUAGCAGGCCGCGGGCGCCGGCCGCGCUUCCUGACGAACGCAGAGCCGCCCUGGAGCUCAGUGUGCAGGCGGACGGACACAUGGAGCCCGUGGGCCGGUGGCGGAACCUUCCUAGCGGGCCUAGCCUAAAGCACUUGACCGACCCCUCUUACGGGAUCCCGCGGGAACAGCAAAAGCCAGCGUUGCAGGAGCUGACGCGGGCACAUGUUGAGUCUUUCAACUACGCGGUGCGAGAAGGACUCAGCCUCGCAGUGCAGGCUAUACCUCCCUUUGAAUUUGCUUUUAAAGAUGAGCGUAUCUCUCUUACCAUUGUGGAUGCUGUCAUCAGCUCACCCACAGUUCCCAAAGGGAGCAUCUGCAAAGAGCUCAAAGUUUACCCAGCAGAAUGCCGGGGCCGGAAGAGUACUUACCGGGGAAAGCUGACAGCUGAUAUCAGCUGGGCAGUGAAUGGAAUCUCAAAAGGAAUCAUUAAACAGUUUCUUGGCUAUGUUCCUAUCAUGGUGAAGUCCAAGGUUUGCAACUUACACAGCCUUCCUCCCAAAGCCCUCAUUGAGCACCAUGAGGAAGCAGAGGAAAUGGGAGGCUAUUUUAUAAUCAAUGGCAUUGAAAAAGUCAUCCGAAUGUUGAUUAUGCCUCGGAGAAAUUUCCCCAUUGCAAUGAUAAGACCAAAAUGGAAAAGUAGAGGGCCUGGCUAUACUCAGUAUGGAGUUUCAAUGCACUGUGUGAGGGAAGAGCACUCCGCUGUCAAUAUGAACCUUCACUACUUGGAAAAUGGCACAGUUAUGUUGAACUUUAUUUACCGGAAAGAACUGUUUUUCCUUCCUUUGGGAUUUGCACUUAGGGCACUUGUCAGUUUUUCUGAUUAUCAGAUUUUUCAGGAGCUCAUCAGAGGAAAAGAAGAUGACUCUUUCUUUAGGAACUCCGUUUCCCAGAUGUUAAGGAUGGUAACAGAAGAAGGCUGUUCCACACAAAAGCAGGUCCUUAACUAUCUAGGUGAAUGCUUCAGAGUAAAGCUCAGUCUCCCUGAAUGGUGCCCCAGUGAACAAGCGGCAGAGUUUCUAUUUGACCAGUGCAUCUGUAUCCACUUGAAUUCCAACAUUGAAAAGUUUUAUGUGCUUUGUCUCAUGACCCGGAAACUCUUUGCUUUAGCCAAAGGAGAGUGCAUGGAGGAGAAUCCUGAUAGUUUAAUGAAUCAAGAAGUUCUUACACCUGGUCAGCUCUUCCUUAUGUUUCUAAAGGAAAAAAUAGAAGCUUGGUUAGUGUCUAUUAAAAUAGCUAUAGACAAGAAGGCUCAGAAGACUAGUGUAUCCAUAAACACUGAAAAUUUGAUGAAGAUUUUUAAUCUGGGAACAGACCUUACAAGACCAUUCGAAUAUCUUCUUGCUACUGGGAAUCUGCGUUCUAAAACAGGUCUCGGCUUCCUGCAAGAUUCUGGACUGUGUGUUGUGGCUGACAAGCUGAACUUCAUACGCUAUCUUUCCCAUUUCCGCUGUGUGCACAGAGGGGCUGAUUUUGCCAAGAUGAGGACCACCACAGUACGCAGGCUGCUUCCAGAGUCCUGGGGUUUCCUUUGUCCCGUGCACACCCCAGAUGGGGAACCCUGUGGUCUGAUGAACCACUUAACUGCUGUGUGUGAGGUUGUCACACAGUUUGUGUAUACAACAUCUAUUCCGGCUUUGCUCUGCAAUUUGGGGGUCACUCCAGUUGAUGGAGCUCCACAUCGACUGCACAGUGAAUGUUACCCUGUCCUGUUGGAUGGUGUCAUGGUUGGCUGGGUGGAAAAGGAGCUUGCUCCUGGCAUUGCAGAUUCUCUCCGGCAUUUUAAGGUGCUGAGAGAAAAAAGAAUUCCUCCCUGGAUGGAGGUGGUCCUUAUACCCAUGACAGGAAAACCCAGUCUUUACCCAGGACUAUUUCUUUUUACCACUCCUUGUAGACUGGUACGGCCUGUUCAGAACUUGGAAUUAGGCAGAGAAGAACUAAUUGGAACGAUGGAACAGAUAUUCAUGAACAUUGCUAUCUUUGAGGAUGAGGUUUUUGCUGGAGUUACCACACACCAGGAGCUCUUCCCUCACAGCCUGUUGAGUGUGAUCGCCAACUUCAUCCCUUUCUCUGAUCACAACCAGAGUCCCCGGAACAUGUACCAGUGCCAGAUGGGUAAGCAAACUAUGGGCUUUCCGCUUCUUACUUAUCAAGACCGAUCAGAUAAUAAACUGUAUCGUCUUCAGACUCCACAGAGUCCUUUAGUGAGACCGUACAUGUAUGAUUACUAUGACAUGGAUAACUAUCCAGUUGGGACAAAUGCCAUCGUUGCUGUUAUUUCAUACACUGGCUAUGAUAUGGAAGAUGCCAUGAUUGUGAAUAAGGCCUCUUGGGAACGAGGCUUUGCCCAUGGAAGUGUAUACAAGUCUGAGUUCAUAGAUCUUUCUGAAAAAAUUAAACAAGGAGAUGAUAGUCUGGUGUUUGGAGUCAAACCUGGUGAUCCACGAAUUUUGCAGAAAUUAGAUGAUGAUGGAUUGCCAUUUAUUGGAGCACAACUGCAGUAUGGAGACCCGUAUUACAGCUACCUAAACCUCAAUACUGGGGAAAGCUUUCUGGUCUACUAUAGGAGUAAAGAAAAUUGUGUUGUAGAUAACAUCAAAGUAUGUAGUAAUGACACUGGAAGUGGAAAAUUCAAGUGUGUCUGCAUCACCAUGAGAGUCCCUCGAAAUCCAACUAUUGGAGAUAAAUUCGCCAGUCGACAUGGGCAAAAGGGCAUUUUGAGCAGGUUGUGGCCAGUUGAGGACAUGCCUUUUACUGAGAGUGGGAUGGUCCCAGACAUUCUGUUCAAUCCUCAUGGUUUUCCAUCCCGCAUGACCAUUGGCAUGUUAAUUGAGAGUAUGGCAGGGAAGUCUGCAGCUUUGCACGGUCUCUGCCAUGAUGCCACACCCUUCAUCUUUUCAGAGGAGAACUCUGCCUUAGAAUACUUUGGUGAGAUGUUAAAGGCUGCUGGCUACAACUUCUAUGGCACCGAGAGAUUAUAUAGUGGCAUCAGUGGGCUAGAACUGAAAGCAGACAUUUUCAUAGGUGUGGUUUAUUAUCAACGCCUACGCCACAUGGUCUCCGACAAGUUUCAAGUUAGAACCACAGGAGCCAGAGACAAAGUCACUAACCAGCCUAUUGGGGGAAGAAACCUCCAGGGUGGAAUCCGUUUUGGGGAGAUGGAGCGAGAUGCUCUUUUAGCCCACGGUACAUCUUUUCUCCUUCAUGACCGCCUCUUCAACUGCUCUGACCGUUCAGUAGCGCACGUGUGCGUCAAGUGUGGUAGUUUACUCUCGCCACUGCUGGAGAAGCCACCCCCUUCCUGGUCUGCCAUGCGCAACAGAAAGUACAACUGUGUACUUUGUAAUCGCAGUGACACUAUCGACACUGUUUCUGUGCCUUACGUUUUUCGGUAUUUUGUAGCAGAACUGGCAGCAAUGAACAUCAGAGUGAAACUGGAUGUUGUUUAACUUGAUGUUGGCCUUUUGGUUUAGGAGAUGUAUCAGAUUAAAAUAAAAUGUAAGUUUAAUUUUGUGAAGAUACCAGAAUUUAGGUUACUCUUUGAGUUUCUUCAGGGAUGUUAAAACUCUCAAUCAAGACCUGGCAACUGACAGUUCAGCCGACCUGGCAGCUUCUAGUCUCUCUGGUGUAACUACUAAAGCUCGUUUUCAAUAUAUUUGUUCAAAGGAAUUCCUGAGUGGCACAAACAGUUAAACUACUAGCUGAAAGGCUGGCAGUUCAAACCUACACAGAGUCACCUCGGAAGAUAGGCCUGGAGAUCUGCUUCCAAAAGUGCACAACCUUGAAAACCCUAUGGAGCAGUUCUGCUCUGCACAGUGGGUUCGCCAUGAGUUGGAACUGACUCGACGACAACUAACAACAAUGCUGAUGCCUGGGAAUUCAAAAUCAAAUGAAUAAUUGUACAACUCAAAGAAUGUAAUCGAUGUCACUAAACUGUAUGUGGGGGGAGGGGGGAGAAAUGAACCUUUGUUAUUAUUUUUAAAAAAUUAAUGUAUUUGUUUAAAGAACGCCACAAUUAUCUUCUUUUAAAACGAUGUAUUGAUAUAUAGAAGAAUAUACAGGGAAAAGUCUCCUUUCCAACCAGUCCUAUCCUCUGGUUCCCUAGACCCUGCUUCAACAGUUCAUGACUAUCAAAUGUUUAUUUGCCCAUCUAGAGCAGAGUGGUCAAGUAGAAGUAUAAUGCAAGCUAUAUGUGCGAUUUCUUAUUUUCUUGUAGUCACAUUAGAGUAAAAAUGGGAAAAUAAUUUUAAUAUAAUGUCAUUUCAACAUGUAAUGAAUAUUAAAAAUUUAUGAAGAUAUUUUUUCUUUUUUUUCAUAUCCAGGCUAUUUUAUAGUCUGUUCUACACUUGGCUUUUUCCUGCAUAAUUUGUAUUGAGCUGCUUUCAUAUCAGUUUGUAGAGUGCUUCUGUUUAAUUGCUUUUCUAAUAUAUGUGCGUGUACAGUAUUUUAUUGUAUGGAUGUACUGUGAUACAUACGCCAGUACCCUGUUGAUGGAUAUUUGGGUUAUGCCUUUUUAUUAAACUAUUAUAAGCAGUGUUAACACUGUUACGUACACUGUUGUAUAACUUUGUGUACACAUGUACAAGAACAAGAUGGUUUUUGAUGUUAAACAUUUCCCUAAGAUAAUCCUUGAGUCCGGUUUAGGUAAUCUGUCACUGAUUAUAAAAAGCUAGACUGGGAAAUAUCUAUCUAUUCAAGAUAUAUGCUGGCUUUGCUUCAUGAAAUAGGUUGAAAAAAUACUUUUUGAUCUAUUGGAUGAUACUUUCUCCUACCAUCAGUAGAACCCCAACUGUAGACUCUCUCACCCUAUUCUGUUCUCUGUCCACCUCACAGUCCCAUAGCUGAGGUUUAUUGUUAUGUCUCAGCUCCAUUUCUUUUUCAGCAGUGUUAAAAGUGGCUGGUGGUAUAUUGGGUUGUUUUUUUUUUUUUUUUUGCACAUUUUAUUUUGAACUGCAAGUUCAUAGCUAGGAAACUGACAUUGGGACAAUCCACAUAGCUUAUUUUUCAUCAGUUUUACAUACAUGUGUGUACUAUUCGUUUUUAUCACAUACAGAGCAAUGUAACCACCAACAUAAUCAAGGUACAGAACUGUUCCAUCACCACAGGGCUCUGUAGGGCUAUCCCUUUAUAGCCACUGCCACUCCUAUUCCCCGUAUAACCCCUACAAUUUCUAAUUUGUUUACUAUCUCUUAAGUUUGAUAUUUUAAGAAUAUUAUAUAAAUGGAAUCAUAAUAUGGGACCUUUUGAGGUUGGCCUUUUUACCUCAACAUAAUUCUCUUGAGAUCCAUCCAUGUUCUUGUGUGUAUCAAUAGUUUGUUCCUUUUUAUUGCUACAUAGUAUUUCACAGUAUAAACAUAUUACAGUUUAUCUAACCACCCAUUGAAGGACGUUUUGGUGGUUUCCAGUUUGUGGUGGUUCCCAAUAAAGCUGCUAUGAAUACCUGUAUACAGGCCUUUGUGUGAACAUCUAAGUUUUCAUUUCUCUGGGAUAAAUGCCCAUGAGGGCAACUGCUGGGUGAUUGGUAGUUGCGUGUUUCAUUUUACAAGAAACUGCCAAACUAUUGUCUACAGUGGCUGUACAAUUUUACAUUCUCACCAUGGUGUACAGUGAUCCAGUUUCUCCACCACACCCUCACCAGCAUUUGCUAUUGUAUUUUUAUUUU